GACACUGGCAGCGGAAGCGCGGGCGGCUCCGCACGUGUCCGGCUGCCGGGGGCCGGGGGCCCGAGCUCAGUCGCGUCGCAGCGGGCCCCCCGCCACGUGGGAGAGCCCGGGCGGCCCCGGACCCCGCCGCACGCCCGGUAGAGAUGCGAGCCACCCCCCUGGCUGCUGCUGCGGGUGCCCCCUCCAGGAGAAAGCGGUUCAAGUUGGACAAUGAGCUAGACACUGAGUGUCCCACCCGGAAACCAGCUGGAAGUGGGCCCCAGUCCAAGCUGCCCCCCUGCCCGCCACCCCUGAGCCCUCCACCUGCUCCGGCCCGGGCCCUCCCCGUGACCACUGCCUCCCGGCUUGGGCCCUACAUCCUCCUGGAGCCCGAGGAAGGUGGCCGUGCCUACCGGGCCUUGCACUGCCCCACAGGCACUGAGUACACCUGCAAGGUGUACCCGGUCGGCGAGGCCCUGGCCGUGCUGGAGCCCUACUCCCGACUGCCCCCGCAAGGACACGUGGCCCGGCCCGCCGACGUCGUGGCGGGUCCCCGCCACCUCUACACCUUUUUCCCGCGGCCGCACGGGGACAUGCACAGCCUGGUGCGCCGCCGCCGCCGCCUCCCGGAGCCCGAAGCCGCCGCGCUCUUCCGCCAGAUGGCCGCGGCCCUGGCGCACUGCCACCAGCACGGGCUGGUCCUGCGCGAUCUCAAGCUGCGGCGCUUCGUCUUCACCGACCACCAGAGGACAAAGCUGGUGCUGGAGAACCUGGAGGACGCCUGUGUGCUGACCGGGCCCGACGACUCCCUGUGGGACAAGCACGCGUGCCCAGCCUACGUGGGGCCCGAGAUCCUCAGCUCCAGGGCCUCGUACUCGGGCAAGGCCGCCGAUGUCUGGAGCCUGGGCGUGGCGCUCUUCACCAUGCUGGCGGGCCACUACCCCUUCCAGGACUCAGAGCCUGUCCUGCUCUUUGGCAAGAUCCGCCGCGGUGCCUUUGCCCUGCCUGAGGGCCUCUCCGCUCCCGCGCGCUGCCUGGUCCGCUGCCUCCUGCGACGGGAGCCAGCUGAGCGGCUCACAGCCGCGGGCAUCCUGCUGCACCCUUGGCUGCGAGAGGACCCGAUCCCCUCAGCUCCACCCCGAUCCCACCUCUGGGAGGCUGACCAGGUGGUCCCCGAAGGGCCAGGGUUAGAGGAGGCCGAGGAAGAGGAGGGAGAACGAGAAGCGGGUCUAUAUGGCUAGGUAGGCCUAGACUCUCGGCCGCAAACAGUGGACCGAGUUUGGGGUAUCUCCAAGCUCUCUCCUGCCUUUUUUUGUUUUUUGCACUGAGCCAAACCUUAGUGCCUUCUAGAAGGGAGAAAGGAAGAAGCAUGUGUGGAGUGUGCUGCAUGCACACCUGUGUGGUUCCUCACACCUGUAUACACAGGCUUCUGCAUUUAACAAACCCCUUCUAGGGAGCUCAUUGGGUGCCAAACUGUGUUCUGGGUACUGAGAACACAGUGAACGGAAGAGAAAACUGCUCACAGAGUUCACAACACCUUUCCAUGCAUCCCAGGUCAUGACUUCUGACCUGGGAUGGUCCCUCUCACAAUCCCUGUGCCAAAGGCUCCAGGCCUCCCCCUUGCAACUCAGGUCAGUUCUCCAGUGCCCAGGUCUAGGAAUCGUGCUCCCAGCAGCUCUGUCUUCUCUGUUCAGGCCCAAGCCAAGGAUUCAGGCUGGCAGCUCACCAGUUCAAACUAUGAGGCUGGUCCUCAUCUAACUCAAGGAGUGAUUUGGGAGGAGGCUCCAUGGCUCUCCACCUCUAGCCUGAGCACCAUAGUUGGGGGACAGAGGAGGCAGGGUCUUCCCCCUGACCUCCUGGAAAGUCCCAAGCUCUAUUCUGGGUUUUGGAUCAACACUAUAGGUUUUUUUUGCCAUAAGAAUAUAUUUUUACCUUGUGCCUAAUAAAGGAAUUAUGAGAUAUUU